AUGACCACCGUCGUCGUAUCGCCGUUUCAGCUGCUGAGGUUCGGGCUGUUGAUGUUUGGUUUUAUCGAAGCCGUCCAAGCUCAGAUUCAAGAUGCCACCAUCGUGCUCGGCCAGGGGACCAUCGUUGGGCUCAAAGUAUUUCCAGAGACGUCCAAAAUUCCAAUUUUCACCUACCUUGGCAUCCCGUACGCUAGACCUCCACUGAACGAUCUCCGUUUUGCACCUCCGGUGCCAUUUUCCGGAUGGAACCGAACUCUGUACGCUCGUGAUUUUAAACCAAUCUGUCCGCAGCUGGAGAACAACAGCUACGAUGAGGUUGACCCGCAAAGAACUUACAAAUUUCGAGAAACCAGUGAGGAUUGCCUGUACCUCAAUAUCUGGAUGCCCGAAUCGGCCGUUCGCUACGGUGGAUUUCCGGUGCUGGUUAUGAUCACCGGUGAGGAGAUGGCCUUCGACUGGUCCAUCAAUCGGGCUACCGGGCUGGACUUGGCCUCGGACGGUAUCAUCGUCGUAACCGUCCAGUACCGAACGAACGUGUUCGGUUGGUUAUCACUGGGCCGAAAAUAUGCUCCCGGUAAUCUUGGCCUUUUGGAUCAACAGCUGGCCCUGCUUUGGAUAAAGGAUAACAUUCAGAAGUUCGGGGGAGAUACAAACCGGAUAACGUUGCUGGGACAUGGAACGACGGCCGGGCCGAAUGUGAUGACCCAUUUGGUGAGUCCGAAAGCACGGGGACUUUUUUCGAAAGCGAUCAUAAUGUCCGGAACGAUUUUUUCACCUUACUCUCGGAUUAAUCUGGAUCGAAGCCUGUCGGAUGAGAUUGUCAAGAUUUUGGCCUGCAAUUACGACGUUGGACGCAACAUCCUGAAAUGUUUACAACAAAAGAGUACACAUGAUCUGUUGAAAGCCUACGAAUACGUCUAUAAAAAUGGAAACUAUACGAUCAAUUUAGGUCCCAUCGUGGACGACUAUCUGGAUCCGGCGGAUCGAUAUGUUCCCGAUGAUCCGAGGGCUUUGUUUGCCUCGAAAUCGUUCAUUAUUGAAGACAUGCCGAUCAUGUUUGGAAUCACCAGCAACGAGGGAGCAUUCGUGCUAAACAAAUGGCUCUACUUCGCUAGACAAGGAGAAAAUCAUCUGCGAAAGUUUGUCAAUGAUUCACUAAUUCCAAACAUUCUUGAGCAGUAUGAAUUUGACGGUGUUGGACAGCAUCAGAUUCGAGAAACCAUUAGUUGGCGAUUCUUCGAUCAGAUCCCGGAAUCUAUCGCCCAUCUGUUGAAUUCCAUCAUAAAACUCGUAACGGAAACUAGAUACGAGAUUCCGUUCUACAAAACGCUUGAAGUGCUCAGCGAUUUCGAACCCUCCGAUCCGGUCAUCCACGAGAGCCCACAGGCUCUCCGGAAAGGUGGAAACCUGUACGUUUACCUCUUCCAUCACUCCAACUCAAUGGAUAUGCGGGGCAAAGUAAACUACUUCGGUGGAGCAUCUCACUCAUCCGAACUACCGUUCCUGAUGGGACCGAGCCUUUUUCAGGAAAUUGCUCGCAAGAGACUCUCCCAAUCGGAAGACAAACUCUGCAAAAAGAUGCGUGCACUGUUUAGUGAAUUCAUCAAAAACGGUGAUCCCACACCGGGCCGUAAAGUGGACGCCUGGUCGCCGUACACCCGAACCGUGCGCUACAUCAAACUGAUAGCCACCCGGCCGGAGAGUAUGUUCCAGAACGACAAGCACAGCUUGGAGAACGUUUUCGAAGACAAUCUAAAGCUGAUCGAAGAUCAGCUCGUGAAUCAGGAAGAGUCUCCAAAUGGCAACCGAGCGCCACCCGAGAAUCCAUAUCUGCUGGGUCGUAACAAUCUGGACGAUCAGGAAAGCUCCCGAUCGUCCAAGAGUGCCAUCUUCCUGGACAACACCAAGGAUUCCGAUUACUUCCACUAUCUUCGUCGGAUCGAUAGUUUCUGGUUUCGAUUCCUACCGAAGCUUUGUCAGAUUAUGAAUGCUACCGAGCAGGAGCGAUUGCGCAACCGUCGAAUGGAUCUGAGCUUCGAAGAAGAACAACAGCUAGUCCGAGAAUCGUCGGAAGCUUCCCGCUACCGUCAUGCCUUUUUCUCGAUGCUAACGCUAGUGUGCAUGCUUUUGGCCGUUCUGGGCGUUUGUGUGUACAUCCUAAAGAAAAACAGCAAUAAAAGUCUAACAAGUUUCUUAUGA